GAUUAACCACAAAGGUUGAACUGGAGUUUUACCUUCCCUUCUGAGGGCUGAUGCAGAAUGACACCAACUAGCCCAGUUUGGAAACUACAGAUAUUUUAAUGGAGAUCUUUGUUAGGAUUCUGCUCUAAUGGAGCUUACAGAAUUUACUCUCUUGAACUGAACUUAACUCGACACACCAGAGAAAUCCGAGUUUUACUCUACUGCCGUGAACGACGAAUCAGCAGUGGGUGUCAAUUAGAGCAAUGAGCUGAGAAACGCGCACCGAGCAGCUCGUCCCGGAGAACCGGCGGUCAUUCAGGUGGAAGAAGGAAACAGGACGCAGCUGCAGCGCCGGCACUUGACGGUCAAAUCCUGGGCUCAGACUUUGUUAUUAGUUCUCUUUCCUCCCCCGACUCCUCCGCACUCAAACGCUGUGCCUGUUGCACACUUUGUCCGGGCUGAGUGCACGACGUCGAGCUGGGAUUAUGGCUGCCAUCAAGGCUUUGGAGCAGUGGUGUAAAAUGCACUGCGAGGGCUACCGAGAUGUGGCCAUCACCAACAUGACGACUUCAUUCAGGAGCGGGUUGGCUUUUUGUGCGCUUAUACACAAGUACAGACCGGACCUGAUAGACUAUGAGUCACUCAGAAAGGAGGAUGUGUUUGAGAACAACAGGCUGGCUUUUCAGGUCGCAGAGGAGAAACUGGGGAUCCCAGCUUUGUUGGAUGCUGAAGACAUGGUGGCUUUGAGGAUCCCAGACAGACUGAGCAUUCUUACCUACGUCUCCCAGUACUACAACUACUUCAAUGGACGGCCUCCCAUAGGAGGUGUAAAAAGACCAGCAGAGGGCUCCAAGGAGGAACCAUCGGAGAAGAAAAAUCUCCCAGUGGUUGCCAAAGCCUUCGUGCCUAAAACCACCACUGGGAAUCAUUUACCCUCAGCUCUCACUGCUCAGUCUUCAGCCAAGUGGGCGAGGCCUGCUGUUCAGAAGGCAGUUCUGGCAGAAAACACCAACAAAAAUGGGACUCUCAACAGCAAAUGUGUUGCAUGCAAGAGUCAUGUUCAUCUGGUCCAGAGGCACUUUGUGGAAGGCAAGCUCUAUCACAGAAGCUGUUUCAAAUGCAGUGAAUGCUCCAACGUCCUUCUCGCUGGUGGCUACAAACCUGGGAAGAAUCCAGACACUUUCAUCUGCAACAGCCACCAGAACAGCAGCAAACUUCCCCCCUUCGAGCCUGAGAUCAAAAAUGGACCCCCCAGUUCAGCUGUGCGGUUAAAUAGUGCCAGCCAGACGCAACCAGCAGCACGCCACUCUUCUGUGCUGUCAGCCCCGCUCAGUGUUGUUGUGAAGCCCGUCAGUCCUACUCCACCUUCCCAGUCCUGGACGGCUUCAGCACAGAAGACGCAAUCGGCCCGGCAGAGGUUUUUCCAGGCCACGCUGCCAGUCACGGAGGCCACAGAGCUCUCAGCUGUUUCAGGAAGGCCAAAGGUCCCACUGAGUCCUGAAGAUGAGAAGAGCAGAGCCAGGACAAUAAUUGGGAAGAAAUUGGCCGAAGAAAACUGCAAUAACAACAACAAACGGCCGUUCACCAUCCGAUCAGCAGAGAGACGGUUUGGAGGUGAGCCAAGUUCAGCUGACAUCCCCGGUUUGAAAAAGGACAAAUGCAGCCAAGACCCAGCAGGAAACGGGGCAGGACGGCCCUCCGCCAGCCAGACAAACAAUAAGGAAUCGCCAUGUCUGAAGGCCGUCAAAGACGACACAAGGCCAACAACUGUACACACAACCGCCAAAGAUCCGAUCUACGAGUGGCAAUCAAAGCUCGUACCUCAGAAAACUGAGCUGGGUCUAAAAAAUGCUGAAGCCUUUACUGAGCAACACAAGCCUGGAAUCACAUCCACGACUUCCUCUAAGGUCUCCUUCAGUGAAACAAGGCUUCCCUCGUCUCCAGCACCUGCAGUCCCUCCAGUCAGUUCCAGUCUGUUUGACCCUGGACGCUUUAAGGAAGUCUCUCCUCAGAAACCUCAGCUUGGCUCUGGAAACCUGGGUUCCAAACACGGGAGUCACUCCUCUGUGAAAUCCCCACCCAGACGGUCAGCUGUGGAAUCUAUUAGCACUUCAGCGACUGCGGCAGCCAAUCACGGAAAUCCGUCAGGCGCUAAAAAGGGAAAGUAUUUGUCACCCACCAACGCCUCCAGUACUGAAAUGAGGUCACCCUCUGUGAAGUCUUAUCAUAUUCCAGUGGAGCAGAUUGAGGCGGAGCUGAAUGAUAUUGAGACAAACUUGGCUCUGUUGGAGAAGGAGGGUGUGGAGCUGGAAAAGAAACUCCGCAGCUGUGAGGAAGAGGGAGACGGGGACAUACUGAUGGACCCGCUGAUGGUUGACUGGUUCAACCUCAUUCGUAAAAAGCAGAUGUACAUUCGAAAGGAGUCUGAGCUUGUGUACACAGCCAGGACUCAGGAGCUGGAGCAGCAGCAGCCAGGUGUGGAGGGGGAACUUCGCAGGCUGCUGGAGAAGCCAGAUCAUUUAAAGUCCAGAGAGGAACAGCAGCGGGAGAAGAAGUUGAUGCAGAGACUGAUGGAGAUUGUGGACGGCAGAAAUGCGAUUGUGGAGGGUCUGGAUGAAGACAGGCUUAGGGAGGUGGAGGAGGAUCAGCAGUUGAAUGAAAUGAUGAAAAAUCUUGGAGUAAAGAAAGCCAAAAAUAAAAGGAAAUCCUCCAUCUCAAAACUGUUCAGGAAGAGAAGUAAAAGACGAGUGGAGUGAUCUUCAAGGCAAUUUUUACGACAGUUUUAAUGCAGAACUGAAAAUCAUUCUUUUACCAUCAUUAUUAUUAUUAUAAUACGUUUUUUUCCACACGUUUUAGGUAAGUACUGCAGUACAUAGAGUAGUAAGUAGAAGGUGAAUGAAGACCUGUCAAAUUAGGAGGCAUAAUGUAUUAAGUCGCGUGUUGUGUUUUUAGUUUUCAGAAUUUCAGAAUAUUUCAAAAUAAAGGUUCAGUUAAAAUGUCAUUUUAGUUCAACAUUCACCUUAAGUUCUCGGUUUGCUUUUACUUAAGCUGUUUAGAAAUAGCUUCACUUUGCUUCAGUUUUUGUUUUUUCUCCCAUGGGGGUCAUGCUUUUUCACAAUGGUUUUUCACUAUUUUAAGAUGGUGGUGCUUAAUUAUGUGUCAAAUGCAGCAGUGAAGAUUUCCCUUAUGCUGAUCAAACCAAAAGUAGACGAGUGUCGCGAGAAGAUGACACUUUUUAUCGAUAUGCUUAUUAUGCAAACAAAACAAAACAAUAUGUUAAUUGAAUUAUGAAUCCAAGUCAUAGCAAAUCAGCUUGCACUGGGUCAAAAGAAUGGAUGUCGGGAGUUAAAAACAAACCAUCCCGAUUUACAAGUGACAGAAGGAACACUGGCUGUUCACCACACAAAUAGAAAUGAGCACAAAGCGGAAUAAAUGUGCAAUCCUUCAAAAGUCUUGGCCCAAAAUGAAAUUAUUUCAGUGUUUACUUAAUAAUGGAUUCAAACUAAUUUUCUGUUAGGAUAUUAACAGGAGAAAAAGCCUUGACAAUUAAGUUCUGAAUGGCUGUGGAGUGUAAAAUAGAGAGCCACACAUGUUGAAGUGCCUUGUUGCAGUGUGCAGUUCCUCUCUCACACUGUACUGUAGGUGGCAGCCUGGGUAUGCUGUAUCACAAGGCAGGAACUUGGAAAUCCAAUUUGCCACAGCAUGGACAGUUAAUUUCUUUGCUAAUUUUAUAAAUGCUGCAAAAAUGUUCAGCUGUGCUGAUGCAAUAAUGUUAUGUGAAAGAGGAUUAGGUAGAGCAGUAGCUUAUGGCCGGGGAAGGCUUAUAAACUAUAGGUUGUAUUGAGCUCUUUAUCUUCAAACUGGGUUUAAUUAAACAUUACUCUUUACUAAUAUCUGCAUCAGAAAUGCGCCGUACCUGAGCUAUUAAAAUGUUCAAACGACGUGUGGAGUCUCUCAUGUGUGAAAAUGGGAGUCACAGUAUUUAUAAGGAAUGUACUGUACUGUUGAAUUUUAAGUGUUAUUGAAUGUUAUGUACUUAUAGUAUUUUUAAACUUGCGAUCUGUUGUCCAAUAAAUCGUUUGAAGAUUAGCGCA